UGACCUCACGUUGCCCGUCCCGCCCAUGCUGCCUGCUGAGUAUAUAAGUCCCCGUUCUGUUCUUCGGUUCUUCAGUUCGUCGCCUCUCAACUCGACUUGAACGCAUCCGACGUUUAUCUUCUCAUCCUCGACUUUUCUUACGCCCUCCACCAUGCGCUUCACCUCCGCUCUCGCCGCCGUCGCCCUCCUCUUCGCGCCCGCCGCGCUCGCGCAGGACUCCGUCACGGUCGCGUACGACGAGAACUACGACAACUCGGGCCAGUCGCUCUCCACCGUCUCGUGUUCCGACGGCACCUACGGCCUCGAGACCAAGGGCUACACCACGUUCGGCUCGCUCCCCGACUUCCCCAACAUCGGUGCGGCCGCGGCCAUCAGCGGCUGGGGCUCCGCGGAGUGCGGAACCUGCUGGGAGCUCUCGUACAACGGCAACUCGAUCUACGUGCUCGCGAUCGACCACGCCGGCGACGGCUUCAACAUCGCGCUGGAGGCUUUGAACACGCUCACCAACGGCCAGGCCGUCAACCUGGGUCGCAUCACUGCAACCGCUACCCAGGUCGAUGCCUCUAACUGCGGUAUCCCCUAAGCGCGUUCAUGCAUGGAAAAACGUUACGAUGGAAUGACUUGAUUCAACGGACAAUGGACGAUGUUACGGACUCUAUGCAAUGACUCCUACGUUUCGCUUAGUUCGCGCAUCAUGGACUUCAUUGCAGUGUUUUCGGAUUUGGGUUGAUGUUCACGAAUGGACUAUGUUUUGGCUCUCGCUAUCUACAACACGUGAUGAAUGUUUGCGUCCAGCCUGAGGUAAGUAUGUCUUAUGUGUGCAAGUGGCUGAGAACAGUAGGUCAUGCGU